AUGUCUGAGAACAGUCAGGCCGAAAGGCCCAAGAAGAAUCUCGUUAUCAAUGCAUUUGUUGAGAUGUGCAGUGGUCACCAGUCCCCAGGACUUUGGAGGCAUCCCGAUGAUCAAUCUUGGCGCUUCAACGAGGUAUCUCACUGGGUUGAAUUGGCCAAAAUACUGGAAGAAGCAAAAUUCCACGGUAUUUUCAUUGCAGACGUACUUGGGGGCUAUGAUGUCUACAGCAAGUCCCUGGAUCCUGCCAAGAUCUCGGGAGCACAAUGGCCAGUCAACGAGCCUCUGGCUGUUGUAUCGGCCAUGGCCGCUGCUACCAAGUCCAUAGGCUUUGGAGUCACGGUAUCAACAACCUAUGAAGAGCCGUAUCAUUUGGCCAGAAGAUUGUCGACUGUUGAUCAUUUGACCAAUGGACGUCUGGGAUGGAACAUCGUCACAAGUUAUCUGGACUCGGCGGCUCGAAACAUGGGUCGAACAGAGCAACCUCAGCACGAUGAUCGGUAUGCCCAAGCAGAAGAGUACAUCAAGGUCAUGUACAAACUGUUCGAAUCAUCCUGGAGGGACGACGCCGUAAAGUUGGACCGCGAGAAAGGCAUUUACACUCAGCCCGAUCUGGUGCGGCAGAUCAACCACGAGGGCAAGUUUUUCAAAGUACCCGGCCCGCAUAUCGUGCAGCCAAGUCCGCAGCGGACGCCGCUCCUGCUACAGGCCGGUACCUCGCGCGCCGGCAAGCUGUUUGCCGCCCAACACGCCGAGGCCAUCUUUGUCUCGGCCCACGCGCCGCAGGUCUGCGCCAAGAGCAUUGCCGAGGUGCGGGAGUUGGCAAAGACACAGUUUGGCCGUGACCCAUCGAACCUCAAGGUCCUCGCCCUCGUGACACCCAUCCUGGGAAGGACCACCGAGGAGGCCCAGGCCAAGCUCAAGGAGUUCCGGCAAUAUGCCUCCCACGAGGGUGCCCUGGCCCUCUUUGGCGGCUGGACUGGAAUCGAUCUGAGCCAAUACGGCGACGACGAGGAGCUUCGCCACGUCGAGAGCAAUGCGGUCAAGUCGACGGUCGAAGGGUAUGCUCGCUUUGCUCCGGGUACUUCAAAGUGGACCAAGCACACCAUUGCCGAACAUGUAAGCAUUGGCGGCAACGGGCCCAUCUUUGUUGGCACGCCAGAAGAAGUAGCCGAUGGACUCGAGGUGUGGAUCAAGGAGGCCGACAUUGACGGUUUCAACUUUGCAUACGCGCUCUUCCCUCAGUCUUUCAAAGACAUUAUUGAACUGCUUUUGCCCGAAUUGAAAAGGCGAGGCCUCUUUUGGGAUGACUACGCUGUCGAAAAGGGCACUUAUCGAGAGAACUUUUACCAAAAGCAAGGUCAAAAGGGUCCACUAGACGAGCAUGUCGCUUCGUCAUUUAGAUGGAAGGCUGGGGUUUCCGCUGAUCAGCACCCUAUACCUGAGUAA